AUGGAUAGGAAUGAGAAACUGGGCCCAACCGUGAUCAAAAAGUCCCUCAACCUCCGUUGCUUUAAAGCCAUCGACGUUUCCAAGCUACCCGUCCACUUCCAAGUAAACGUAAAGGCAUGGAUGGAUGGCGGCAUCUUUGCAAAUUGGUUGAAAGCGUUCAAUCUCAAAAUGAGUGGGCAAAACGUUCUUCUGCUGCUCGACAACGCGACAUCACAUGUCAAUUUGGAGCUCCCAAACGUACACAAUCACUUCCUUCCGCCAAGUACCACCUCCCGUUUUCAGCCGAUGGACGCGGGCAUCAUUCGCAACUUCAAGCUCAAGUACAAGGCCCAAUUGGUGCAAUGGCUACUAAACAUGGUGACGGCAGGGACGGAGGACAAAAAGCUCGACGUUCUUAGCACAAUCCGUAUGGUGAUAAAAUUGUGUGAUGAGGUGCGCCCUGAAGCGAUUCGACACUGUUGGAUCCACACAGGAAUCGUGUCGGGAGUUAUGGCGGCAGUGCUCUGUAGGCAAGACGAGCCGGUCCGUCCCAAUGAUCUCUCAAUCCUGGAUAAUCUAGUCGACAAACUAUCCUUAUCUGAUGGAAUGAAUGCGGACGACUAUCUAGAGUGUGACCACAACCUGAUAGAAUGGGAACCAGACUCCGAUGCAACUGCCACCUCUGAACCCUUUUCGCGUGAUGACGACAGCAACGGAGACGAAAAUUCCAUCUUCACUCAUCGCGACGCGCUGAAUGCUGCAAUGCAAUUUUCUACGUACCUAUUCGCACACAAGAUCGAUAUUGCACCCAGGAUUGAUAUUGUGGGGAUGCAACUGCUGACCGAGAAAUUCCGCCAACAGCUUCAACAGAGCAUGCACCAGCAGCAAAUUACCGACCCAAUUUCUCGAAAGAGUAAGCUCGGUGGCCCAUACUGA